AUGUUCUUCGUUUUAUCUAUCUAUCUAUCUAUCUAUCUAUCUAUCUAUGUCAGUCUGUUCAUAUCUAUGUCUGUCUACUCCUUAUCUAUCUAUCUAUCUAUCUAUAUCAGUCUACUCAUUAUCUAUCUAUGUCAGUCUGUUCAUAUCUAUGUCUGUCUACUCAUUAUCUAUCUAUCUAUCUAUCUAUCUAUCUAUCUAUCUAUCUAUCUAUCUCAGUCUACUCAUUAUCUAUCUAUGUCAGUCUGUUCAUUUCUAUCUAUGUCAGUCUGCUCAUUAUCUCUCUCAGUUUGUAUAUAUCUAUCUAUGUCAGUCUGUUCAUAUCUAUUUAUGUCAGUCUGCUCAUCUAUCUAUCUAUCUAUCUAUCUAUCUAACGAUCGAUUUAUCUAUGUCAGCAUGCACAUUAUGUAUCUCAGUUUGUUCAUAUCUAUCUAUCUAUCUAUCUAUCUAUCUAUCUAUCUAUCUAUCUAUCUAUGUCAGACUGUCCAUAUCUAUCUAUCUAUAUAUCAUCACAGCAAAGCGAAGGAUCCUUUCUUUAGCUGUCAUAAUAUAUGCUACGCCUGGGCUACAUAG